GGAUGGCGGAAUGGAGAGCUUCUUCUUCCAGCGCCGCUGCUGCUGCAAACACUCGCUUCAGGUGUGAAAGCGUGGCGCGAAUCCGCGCGCUUCUCUCAAUCAACAGCACGAGCCGCUCCAGCUUUCAUCGGCGCGCGCAGGCAUGUUUUACCUCUGGAGUAAAAACGACCGCUCCGUCUGACUGGCUGUGAGAAAGAAAGAAGACCGAGAGAGAGAAAGAGAGGGAGAGAAAAAACUGUUUCCUGCCUGGCUUAAGUUAAAACAUUCCCACUCUGUGGGUCGCGCCGCGUUUGCGCCCAAACCGGGCUUUCAGUUCGCGCGUUAAAAGAAAAACUUCAUUUAAACGGACGGUGUUUUUAGGAUACGCAAGUCAACAGUUGCUCCGGAGCUGGCCGUCGAUGUGCGCUGUGCCAUGCCGAGGCUACCGCAACCGGGUCGCUGCUCAUGGAUUCUGGCUUUAACGCUGGCAGCCUGUGCGCUCCUCCGGGCCCACUCACAUCCCGCACUGUUUGGAGCAGAGCAGCAUGGAUGGCCGACCAGAGAUAGGCACCGUAGAGCUGUCGAGGAACCUUACUGGGCCUAUUCAGGUGCGUACGGACCAGAGACGGGAUGGGCAUCGGCUUAUCCGGAGUGCCAAGAGAAGAACCAGUCGCCAAUCAAUAUAGCCGACCAGGAUGCCAAGGUCUCCAUGGAGUACCUGGAUCUCCUGCUGGACGGAUUCGAAGCAGAAUCGUCCAACAAGACGUCAAUGAAGAACACAGGCAAAACCGUGGCCAUCCUGCUGAAAGACGACUACUUCGUGCAGGGUGCAGGCCUCCCGGGUCGUUUUAAAGCCGAGAAGGUGGAGUUCCACUGGGGCCAGAGCAACGGUUCAGACGGCUCAGAGCACAGCAUUAACGGUAGAAGAUUCCCUGUGGAGAUGCAGAUCUACAUGUACAACUCUGAUGACUUCGACAGCCUGAACGCAGCCAUCAGGGAGAAGCGGGUCAUCGCCGCCAUGUCCGUCUUCUUCCAGGUUGGGCAGAAGGACAACCCCGCUGUGGACCCUAUAAUCCAUGGUCUGAGAGGAGUCGUGCACCACGAGAAGGAAACGUAUCUGGAGCCUUUCGUUUUGCGAGACCUCCUGCCGUUUUCUAUCGGUAGCUACUACCGCUACAUGGGCUCUCUCACCACUCCGCCCUGCUCUAAAGUAGUGGAGUGGAUCGUCUUCAGCCGGCCCGUCUUCCUGUCCUACAAACAGUUGGAGGCGUUCUACUCCAUCUUCACCACCGAGCAGCAGGACCACGUGAAGUCGGUGGAGUACCUACGCAACAACUUCCGCCCGCUGCAGAGCCUGGAUAACCGCGAGGUGUUAAAAUCCGCCGUCAAAGACGUCUGGCAACCCUAUCUGACCGAUCCCUACGGCACCGAAUCCUCCAAAGCCUGCAGCACCGCUCCCAUUAAUAUGCAGGUGCAACCUCUGAAUAAAACGGCCCUGCUGGUGCGAUGGUCCCGCCCCGAGAUCACCUACGACCCACCCAUCGUCAGCUACCUCAUCUCGUACAGCUGGACCCGAAACGACGAGGCCUACGAGGAAACGUACAUCAAAGGCAGCGACCAAAAACUGGAGGCCUUUAUCAAGCCGGUUUCACCAGAUGUGCUGUAUCUGUUCCGAGUGCAGGCAAUGUGCUUAAACGACAAACGCAGCGACUUUAGCCAAAGCAUGCUUUUCAGAGCAAACACCACCAGAAUAUUUGAAGGGACGAGGAUAGUGAAGACAGGAAUGCCCACAGUUUCUUCAGCCUCCUCAGCCGACAUGGCUCCCAUCAGUUCCGGCUCGUCCACCUGGACCUCCUCGGGCCUGCCCUUCUCCUUUGUUUCCAUGGCAACGGGCAUCGGCCCCUCCUCCAGCGGUAGUCAGGCCACGGUGGCGUCGGUGGUGACCAGCACGCUCCUGGCAGGGCUGGGCUUCAGCGGCGGCGUCAUCUCGUCCUUCCCCAGCUCGGCCUGGCCCAGUCUUCGCCCCCCGUCGCAGACCCCGCCCGCCACGUCGGAACCCGCCCCUGCCACCACCAGCGCCCCGGACAACACCCAAAACCAGGGCUCGGAGGACAGUGCCGCGGGAGAGACGACUGUAAAGGAGGAGGGUGAGCGGGAGGGAGAGGAAGAGGAAGAUAAGGAGGAUGAUGAAGAGAAAGGAACGGAGGCUAAAAACGCCAAAAACGCCCCGGACAAUGUGGAGACCCAGACGAACACCUCAACGACACAGGAGCCUCCCACCACAGUGCCUGAUUCCACCGCCAAGGAGAAAACGGGGAGAGAGAGGCAGGAAGAGAAUGACAGCGUGACACCGUCUACAGUAUCAGAGGUCAAAGAGAGACAAACUGAAAGGACAGAGCAUGAGGAGGAAAGUACAGCGUUCCCGACCACAGAGCCAGCGACUGUGGGGAAUGAUAGUGCGGUUGUGCAGGCUCCAGAAGGCCCUUCUCAGGGUGGACGAGGCGGUAUGGGUGACCGGAGUCACUGGCCUUUCUCAAUACAUACAGAAGGGACCAUAAUCUCCAGUAUGCGACCAGUUCCUGGUUCGGGCAGGAUGGAGUGGAUAAUUCCUCUAGUGGUGGUGUCUGCUCUCACCUUCCUUUGCCUCAUCCUCCUCCUCGCUGUCCUGGUCUACUGGAGAAGGUGUUUCCAGACGGCGCAUUUCUAUGUAGAGGACAGUGGCUCUCCCCGAGUGGUACCCAAUGAGAAUAUCCCAGUCAUUCCCAUCCCAGACGAUAUGGAAGCCAUUCCUGUUAAACAGUUUAUCAAGCACAUAUCAGACCUCUAUUCCAACAACCUGCACGGUUUUUCUGAGGACUUUGAGGAAGUACAACGGUGCACAGCAGAUAUGAAAAUCACAUCAGAACAUUCAAAUCAUCCAGACAACAAGCACAAGAACAGAUAUAUCAACAUUGUGGCAUACGAUCACAGUCGAGUGAAGCUGAGGCCAUUAGCCGGCAAGGACUCCAAACACAGUGACUACAUCAAUGCUAACUACGUGGACGGCUACAACAAGCCCAAGGCUUACAUUGCCGCUCAGGGUCCCCUCAAAUCCACAUUUGAGGACUUCUGGAGGAUGGUGUGGGAGCAGAACACCGGGAUCAUCGUCAUGAUCACCAACCUGGUGGAGAAAGGAAGAAGAAAGUGUGACCAGUACUGGCCAACAGACAACAGCGAGGAGUACGGCAAUAUUGUGGUGACACUGAAAAGCAGCAAGGUUCAUGCCUGCUACACAAUCCGCCGCUUUACCAUCCGCAACACCAAAGUCAAGAAGGGUCAGAAGAGUCGACAGAGUGAGAGAACAGUGAUCCAGUAUCAUUACACGCAGUGGCCUGAUAUGGGCGUACCUGAGUACACGCUGCCUGUGCUCACCUUCGUCAGGAAAUCUUCUGCUGCACAGACCCCCGAGAUGGGCCCCAUGCUCGUCCAUUGCAGUGCGGGUGUGGGCAGGACGGGAACCUACAUCGUGAUUGACAGCAUGCUACAGCAGAUUAAAGAUAAGGGCUCGGUAAACGUGCUGGGUUUCCUCAAACACAUCCGCACUCAGAGGAACUACCUGGUUCAAACUGAGGAGCAGUAUGUUUUUAUUCAUGAUGCCUUGCUGGAGGCCAUACUGGAAAAAGAGACAGAGGUUCUGUCCAGUCAGUUGCACAGCUACGUCAACACCAUCCUGACCCCCGGCCGGAGCGGCAAGACCCGGCUCGAGAAGCAGUUCAAGCUGGUGACUCAGUGUAACACCAGAUUUGCAGAAUGUUUCAGUGCACAGAAAGACUGCAACAAGGAGAAGAAUCGGAACUCCUCUGUAGUUCCAUCGGAAAAAGCGCGUGUCGGCCUAGCUCCUCUGCCUGGCAUGAAGGGCACUGAUUACAUCAAUGCUUCUUACAUCAUGGGCUAUUACCGCAGCAACGAGUUCAUCAUUACCCAGCAUCCUUUGCCUCACACCACUAAAGACUUCUGGAGAAUGAUCUGGGACCACAAUGCACAAAUCAUUGUCAUGCUUCCUGACAACCAGGGACUGGCUGAGGAUGAGUUCGUCUACUGGCCGAGUCGAGAGGAAGCCAUGAACUGCGAGGCCUUCACUGUCACGCUUAUUAGCAAGGACAGACUCUGCCUGUCCAACGAGGAGCAGAUCAUCAUUCACGACUUCAUCCUGGAAGCCACACAGGAUGACUACGUGCUGGAGGUUCGGCAUUUUCAGUGUCCGAAAUGGCCCAAUCCAGACGCGCCCAUCAGCAACACCUUCGAGCUCAUCAACAUCAUCAAAGAGGAGGCCAUGACACGGGACGGACCCACUAUAGUGCAUGACGAGUAUGGAGCGGUAUCUGCAGGCAUGUUCUGUGCCCUCGCCACACUAAGUCAGCAGCUAGAGAGUGAGAACGCUGUCGGCGUCUAUCAGGUGGCCAAGAUGAUCAACCUCAUGAGACCUGGUGUCUUCACAGAUAUUGAGCAGUACCAGUACCUUUACAAAGCUAUGCUCAGUCUGGUAAGCUCUAAAGAGAACGGAGCCGGUUCUGUUUCCAUAGAGCGGAAUGGCAGCAUGGCCCUGUCUGACGAAUCGGACCCUGCUGAGAGCAUGGAGUCUCUUGUCUGAAGCUCCGACAGGACGAGGCGCGCCAGGAGGCACUUAACAUACUUUGUAAAACUUCAAGGACUAAGACAGACUUUUUUCUGAGGCCUUUUUUGCCAGAACUCUUGGUUAAACGAAUAACCCGAUUACUUUUUUACACUGAUAAAAAGUUUUUUGAUAUUUAUUUUUUUUGCCAUUUUAUGUCUUAAUGUUAUCCUACUGAACAUUUGCACCUGUUUUUUUCUUUUUUCUUUUUUUUGAGUUCACGCCAACAAAGGAAACACACUUUGGUCUAGUUUGCACUAUGAAAAUAUCAGUGUUACUGCCUACUUCAGUCCUACUCGCUUUCUUUUCUCGCUCAUCCACCACACUUUGGUUGACAUUCCUCCAUGAAGCUCCAUCCAGCAGCGGAAAUGAUCGUGAAAAGAUUUAAAGAUUUACUCCCACUCUCAUAGAGUGCGACGAAUCGUAAAUCUCGGAAAUUGAAAACGAAAGGUGUUUCGCAUUCAGAGUCACUGUUGAGCAAUAUUGGCUUUGUCUGCUUAUUUUUGACACCUCAGAAGAUUUUUUUUUUAUUAUUCAUUAUACAUUUUAAGCCUGUUAGACUCAUAUUAACUCUCUGCAGGUGGUAUUAAACAGCUACUGUGAACUUCAUUCUUCUUUUGGAGGAUUCAUAUUAUGCUUUUAAUAUAUAUAUGAAUAUAUCGUAUCUCAUUAUAACUUGUGGUUUUGUACAAUGUUAACCGUCAUAAGCAGCUGGUUCCUUUCCGGCUUGGUUAAAUGGUUUGCCACUUAUUAACAGCAGUUCAUGGCUACUCGA